AUGUCGCAUUUGUACACAAUUGAUUUGUUUGAUAAUCAAUUCAAUGGUCCUAUUCCGCCCGAAUUCUGCACACGAAGGCUCCUUGUAAUCUUGGAUCUUUCUGGGAAUAAUUUAUCUGGGUCUACACCACCUAGUUUCAGUGAAUUGGGAUUUAUAGAGCAUGUGCAUUUGAGAAGAAACAAAUUGAGUGGGCCAAUGACACAAUUUCUUGGUAUGACCGAUUUGAUUAAUCUUGGAGAGAAUAAUUUCAGUGGCCAACUACCAAACUGGAUCGGAAACUUCUCUGACUUGGGGAUUCUUAUUUUGCGAGCAAAUCAGUUUCAUGGUGAUAUUCCUAUUCAUUUAUGCAACUUGAACCAAUUAAACAUAUUGGAUCUUUCCUCAAAUAGCCUCUCUGGACGCUUGCCUCCAUGCCUAAGUAAUUUUUUGUUUAUCUCGGGAUCCAACCUCUGGUACCCUUUUGAGCUAGGUCAGUUUACGACAUUCAACAAUAGUUGUUAUGAAGGAAAUCCCCUGCUUUGUGGACUUCCAUUGAGCAACAAUUGUGAUGAAACUCAUUCUGCAUCGCCCCCUACAUAUCCCUUGAAAGAGGAAAAUGGUUUCAUGGACAUGACGUUUUUCUGGGUAACCUUUGCAAUGACUUACACCGUGGCACUAUUUGGUGUAGUUAUAGUCUUAACCAAUUCUAUACACAAAUAUGAAAAAUAUGGAACAUUUGAAAUGUUGGAUGAGAGUGGUGCUAAUUGUGUUGGUGUUGUUACAUGGGUUGGGUUGAAAGUUUCUGAAUACUUUACAUCUUUUCGAUCCCCUUCCAGUCCGAGAGAAGUUCUCAGGACUCCACCAUACUUGAUUGGAGCAGUUUGUUCCUGUGUUCCCACCAUCUGA